AGAAACUAGUUCUGCCUUAAACCUAGACGCAUCGACAAUCAACUGGAAUUUCAGUGACGAGCUUUUUUUGCUAGGUUAGCACGAGUGAGCUAAAGAUUGUGUAGAUGCCAGACUGUGGAGCGGGCUUGUUCUCUUCCGGUGUGUUCGUCGAGUUUUCACAGAGUUGUCGGUCACAUUCAGGGGUGUUGCGAGUGCUCCGCUUUGGGCUCCCUGCUUCCCCUUUUCCACCGCCUGUUUUUUUGGGGGGAUGCAACGUCACUGAGUCGGUCUCAGCCUGACGGACGUCGCCGUGUUGUAGCCGCACGGGCACAGUCUCUCUCCGCGCUCUCGAUUUAUUUAUUAUUUUCGGAGGGACGAUUCUGUGAAAACGGUCCGUGCGAUACAUGCAAAGUCGUCGCUCUGCGCUCGGACGGGUCGCGACACUCGUUUAAGCCCUCGGGUUUCCCCGUAAAAUGAUCCCUGGAUCCGCCGCAUCAAUGCUACCGUCUGCAGAAGCCGCGAAACUGUACCAAACCAAUUACGUCCGCAACUCGCGGGUCAUCGGACUUCUAUGGGCCAUUUUCACUAUCCUGUUUGGCAUCGUAAACGUCACCAUCUUCUCUCAGCCCUACUGGAUCGGGGAUGGCAUGGACACGCCGCAGGCCGGCUACUUCGGCCUCUUCCACUACUGCGUCGGGGACGGCAUCGCCAGGGAACUGGCCUGCCAGGGUACCUUCACCGAGUUCGCCGCUAUCCCCUCCACUGCGUUCAAGGCCGCCUCCUUCUUCGUCGGAAUGUCCAUGAUGCUGGUGUGGGCCUGCAUCGGCUGCUUCAGCCUCUUCUUCCUCCUCAGCACCUCCACCGUGUACAAGAUCUGCGGUUGGAUGCAGGCGUUGUCGGGUGUCUGUUUGGUGCUGGGUUGCAUGAUCUAUCCUGACGGUUGGGACAGUGACGAGAUUCGGCGGAUGUGCGGAGAGCAGACAGACAAGUACAGCCUGGGAGCCUGCUCAGUGCGUUGGGCCUACAUCUUGGCUAUUAUGGGCAUCCUGGACGCUCUCAUCCUGUCCUUCCUGGCUUUUGUCCUGGGAAACCGGCAGGACGGACUCAUGACCGAAGAGCUUCUGGCUGAUAGCAGGGGUUCCUAAAUGUCUGUUUUCAUGAAGUACCAGUCAAUCCUCAAGAUCAGUUUGGAGGAGGGAGGCCAUCCAGGUCUGUGGAGGAGAGGAAUACUUUGGAAACAGCCAGCCUGCCUUUCACAAUUUCCUGCCAGAAACCCCAGUGUAGCUUUCCAUGAAAUCUCAUACAUUUUGCUUGCAGUCCCUAAAUUAUUCCCAGCAUUUAGAUGGUGUUCAAUGCACUUUUACCCCAAUCUGUUUGCAGGCGUAACCCUUCGGUAACAUUGAAUACACCAUUGCACGGGCAGAGACUGUUCUGUUGGGAAAUGUAUGGACUACCUACUACCUUCCUAUGAAGGCACAGGGUUUAUAUGGUACACCUGCACGAUAUGAGCACAGACACAACCACAUACACACGGCGACAACUCAUUCAUAUGCACAAACACGACCUAACACGCGCACAGUACAUUCAAACAAAACAUCCGCAGACUCUGUAAUUAAGUAUUAAACUAUGUUAACACUUAGCCGUGUGUACCACCGUCAGAAUGUGUGUCAUGUUUUUUUGGUGAAAAGAAGAAACUGCUCACUUUUAGAUAAUAUUGGUUGUGUUGUGUUCCAUAUGUGGAGUUUGACAUUAAAUUAAAGUCUUUUCUUGCUCAAACACCCCUUUGUUCCUCUUCAACUAGAAAAAAUAUAUAUUUAAGAUAUUUUAUAAGGAUAUUGUCAUCCAAAAAAGAAAAAAAAUAUUGUAUUUAAAAGUAUGUACAGUGAAUAUUGAAGAUGUUCUAGGAAUUUCCAUGCAAUGCCCUGCUAGCUAUGUUUGCACGACACUUCCGUUUGAGAAGGAAAUAUAAUAUUUUUAGUCUGUGGUAUCUACUCUAUAACGGAGGCUGUUAGGACUGUGUGCUGCAGUGUCAGGGUACCUCUGCGUGUGCAUGAGUGUGUGUAUGUGAGAGAGAUGAAGUAAGGAGGUCUGUGGGCAUGUCUGAUUGAGUGUAAGUGCAUGCACAUCCGUAAGUGUUGGUGUGCAACAGUGGGCCUAAAGAACCAAUACGCCAGGCUGACACACAAUGGUCUUGCUGGUUGGCUGUCUGCCUCUCUCUUUUUGUCUAGUUCUCUCUUUCUGUUUUUCUCUCUUUGACUCCCUUUCUAGCUUUGUUUUGUCGGGACUUAGGGUAACAUGAUGGAGUAUUAUGUAUAAUGACUCGUGUGGCUGAGGAGUGAAUUCCUCUGGUGUCGGGAUAGUAAAGCCUGCCCCAGCAUCACCCGUGGAUAUGUUCCUGUGUAAGUAGAUAGUCUAUAGAUACCAAAAAAUUGUCAAAUAUUGAGGAGGUUAACUUUGACUAAUGAAUGAGAUUCCUUCAAAAAUAUAGCAUUUAAUAAAAGUUUUCACUGUAAAA